UGCCGCCGCUGUGAUGACCGCUGCACUCACAAUGAUGAUGAUGGACUUCAUGGAGGACAAGUUCGGCUUGAAGAACCAGGCCAUGAAGGCCGCGGACUACUUCAUGGAGCCGGCUAUGGAGAGCCUGGAUGGCGGCGUCUACUUCGCCAAGUCUCCCCCGAAAUGCGCGCAGGCCUUUGGCGAACACCGCGUCUCCCCUCGCUCGGACCAGCACGGCGGCUACGGCGCAGCCAAAGCGGAGGAGCUGCCCGGCUCGGCGGCGUCAUGUUGCCGCGGCGACGAUGCGGACGAGUCGAUGGCGGACAAGGGCGACGACAAGGUGACGAGCAGCAAGAAGCGACGCCACCGCACCACCUUCAGCAGCGCGCAGCUCGACGAGUUGGAGAAGGUCUUCCAGAAGACGCACUACCCGGACGUGUACGUGCGCGAGCAGCUGGCCACCAGGACCGAGCUGACCGAGGCCAGGGUGCAGGUGUGGUUCCAGAACAGAAGAGCCAAAUGGAGGAAGCGGGAACGUUAUGGACAAAUGCAGCAAGCUAAAAACCACUUUGCCUCCGCCUACGACUUGUCUGUGCUGCCUCGCACCGACGGCUACGGGCAGAUUCCAAACAACUUGUGGUCCGGUGCCCCUCCGGCAGGACCCGUGGUGUCCCCCUGCAUGCUGCCCCGCGGUUCACCCCCCUGCGUGGCCUCCUACUCCCCGCGCUCGGCCUCUUCCGCCGCCGGGGAACACGGCUACUUCUCCAACCAGCAGAACCAGUUCGGCCAUGUCUCCCUCAACAACUUCUGCGGCGACCCACUUCUCUCGCCGGCCGCCAACGGCCACCACGCCUUCGAAACCAAGCCCGAGUUUGAGAGGCGCUCGUCCAGCAUUGCCGUGCUGCGCAUGAAGGCGAAGGAGCACGCCGCUAACAUCUCCUGGGCCAUGUGAUCCCGCUUCUAGACCCAAAGACUUGGACACUCAAACCAAAGAAACAUUUUUGAAGCUCAGGAGUGACGUGGGCUCAAUGCUUGGGCUCACAAAACCUACUCUCAUCUUUUAAUGGUCACAUGUUGACCCAAUUCUAGAACCAAAGAAAGAUUUACCAACUAAAACCAAAAAAAAACACCCAGGGCUCAAGAUUCAGAUGGACUCCAGUUAUCGCACAGGAAGGAAAUAUAAAAAACAUGCUGACAGUGUUUGGAGACACAGUUGGACACGCUGAUACAACUUGGCAAAGGCUGACCCGCUUGGAACCAAAGAAACUUCUAGAGCCAAGGAAUGAUGUGGAACCAACUUAACACACAUGAAGGAAAUAGUUAUUGCACAUGAAUGCAAUAAAAAGCACGCUGUUGUGAUACCACGUUUGGACCCUUGGAAUGCGCCCGCGUGUUGACACGGUCGCAUGCUGACUCGCUUCGAGAGCCGAUUGGCGAUGUAACUUUGAGCCGCUUCUAGAACCUUACAAAACACUUUUGAGGCUCUGGGGUGAUGAAGACUAGUGAAAGCAAUAAAUCAAAUUCCACUGCCAGAGUUUGGAGACGGAUGUGAUACCACAAUUGGACACAAUGAGCUGCUUCUAGAAACAAAGGAACACUUUUGAGAAUGAUGUGCACUCAAGGCACCAGAAUGAAAUCAAAGACAUCACUUGUGAUUGGAGGCAGAUGAGAUCACAAGUCUGGACUCACGGAGUGCGCCGUGUGUUUUUGCCGCAACUUGAAUUAAAAACAUGGACCUGCUUCUGGAAACAAACAAACACGGUUCCACUUGUGAGGUAUAAACAAAACCUGUUUCUUGUUUCUGUAAAAAUAUACUGGCCAAACUCUGGAACCAGGAACAUUAACCAGCUUCUGCUUCUAAAAAAAAAAAAAAACCACUUGUCUGGUUCUGCGGGGAGAAAAAAAGUGCACUUGUGGAAAAAGAAAAAAACUAAAUUGUGUUUCAUUUUUGUCACAACAGCAACAACAAAAACAUUCACCUUUUGACCUCCCACCCACGAGCUCCUAAAUACUGACCUACUUCUUCAACCAAAGAAAUGCUACCUACUUCUAGACUAGAACAAAAUAAAUGAAAAAACAAACAAAGGAACGAAAAAAAGUGUCAAUUGCUCAACAGAACUCUGGAUAUGUGAUGUUAAUAUUUCUGUGCCAAAGUGAAAUAAAUGCCAAUGACUUCA